CUCAGGUGAGACCGUGGACAUGACUCACGUGGUAAGGGGAGUGGACGCCAACGGGGCCCUGCUAGUGGACGUCCAGCUGGCAGGACACGUGCCUUAUCUGCCUCCGGGCUCCCUUAUCACUCUCCAGCCGUACAAUGAGGACUACGUUCAGACUGGCGGUGGCUCAGUGUUCGCCACUUCGACUCGCACCUUCACCCUGGACGGCUACCACCUCCCCUACGCCUGGAACCAGACCAUUUCGUACGACGCUGAGCUCGGGAUGCAGCCUUACCUCGUGCAGACCCUUCAUGCUGCCGGUCUAGGGUCUGCGUACAGAACGAGCCAGGCCGAGUUAGACGUGAUCGUGUCAGCCUCCAUCUCUCCGGCGUCGAACAGCGGCACUUGUCCCUCCGGCUUCACCCUCGACUCGUCAGGCCCUUACUGCCGCGACAACGACGAGUGCCUGGCAUCCACGAGCCGCUGUUCCCACGGCUGCACCAACACCAUCGGGAGCUACUCCUGCGACUGCAACCCUGGCUACACGCUGGGUCCUGAUGGAUACACUUGCCAAGACGUAGACGAGUGUUCAAUGGCCGGAGUGUGUGGGCCGCUGGAGAACUGUGCUAACACCCCAGGCUCUUACACUUGCACAUACAACUGCCGCCCUGGACUCAAGAGGACUGCCUCGGGUACAUCGUGUGAAGACAUAAACGAAUGCACGGAGACGCCAGGAGUGUGUGACCAGACGUGCCUCAACCUCAUCGGGGGCUAUAGGUGCGACUGCAGGAGGGGAUUCAGGCUCGUGGGCCAGAGUCGCUGUGUCGACAUCGACGAGUGUUCGCAGUUCCGAUCGCCGUGUACCCAUGGCUGCGAAAAUACCGUGGGUUCCUUCAGGUGCUCUUGUCCCGAAGGUCACAUGCUCUUGCCCAAUGGUCGCUGUAAAGAUAUCAACGAAUGUGCAACGUAUCAACACGACUGUCUGGAGGAGCAAGAGUGUCGAAAUACAGAGGGAUCUUACAUUUGCAUUACACACUGUCCGAAUGGCCUCACGAACGCGGACAACGGCACGUGCAAAGACUUAUCAUACUAUCAAUUGCAAAUCGAUAUUUCCUUUCCAGACAUCGACGAGUGUUCGCAGUUCCGAUCGCCGUGUACCCAUGGCUGCGAAAAUACCGUGGGUUCCUUCAGGUGCUCUUGUCCCGAAGGUCACAUGCUCUUGCCCAAUGGUCGCUGUAAAGAUAUCAACGAAUGUGCAACGUAUCAACACGACUGUCUGGAAGAACAAGAGUGUCGAAACACAGAGGGAUCUUACAUUUGCAUAACACACUGUCCGAAUGGCCUCACGAACGCAGACAACGGCACGUGCAAAGACAUCGACGAGUGUGCAGAGCAGAUAUCAGGAUGUCACUUUACACAGACCUGCUCAAACACUUGGGGUUCUUACCACUGCACUUGUCCAAGGGGAUUCAGCUCGUCAGGACCAGGGCAGCCUUGUUUAGAUGUGAAUGAGUGCCUGGCCUCCCCCCCUCCGUGCAAGUACCAGUGCCACAACCUCCGGGGAACGUACGAGUGCAUUUGCGGUCCUGGUGAACAGCGGCUGCCUGAUGGGAAAUCCUGCGUUGGGCUUCAGUACCUGGAGGAGGAGGCCGGUCGGGUCGCCCUCCCGUCGCGCCGAACGAGACUCCGACCCGCGCCGGGCUAUCCGACCUCCGAAUUCCAGGAACGUCUCCUGCACUCCAUCUACAGCCGAAGGAGCUGUCGGGAGGGAUUUGAGCUCGAGGACGAUGAGUGCCGAGACGUCAACGAAUGCACGCUGCCGGAAAGAUGUCAACAUCGGUGUGAGAAUACCAUCGGGAGUUUCAUGUGCUUGUGUCCACCGGGGUAUCGACUCAACGCAAACAGAAGAACUUGUGACGACAUCAACGAGUGCCGCGAGCAGGACGUGCAGUGUGGUAGAGACCAACUCUGCUUCAACCUCCGGGGUUCGUACAAGUGUGUGUCCGCGCCCUGCCCGCCCGAGUACCAGAGAGACCCAGCCACCGGCUCGUGCAUCCUGGACUGCCGGUGGGGCAAGAACAGCUGCCCCCCUGGCGUGACGUAUGCCCACAUCCUGGCAUUCAAGACGGCAUCUCUCCCAGCCGGAAUACAGGCCUACCAGGAUCUUGUGCGUCUCAUGGCCUACGACCAGCAUGGCAGCCUCGUCCCGCAGACGCUGUUCAGUAUUAUCGAGAACGAAACAGGUGUCGCCUUCAGAAUUCGCUUGGAGGGUGGCAAAGGUAUACUGAGUACACUGGAUCCUCUCGCAGCAGGUCGAGAGUACAGGAUGGUCGUGGAGGCGGUGUCAUAUGAUGAGGUUGAACACUUCAUCAAAUACUCCACCAGAUUCAUCAUUUUCCUUCACAUUUCACAAUACCCAUACUAAGCAAUUCGCUGCAGUGUAAUACUUAACAAUAGUUAGCAGUAGUAUUAAUAACCUGAUACCUUUUUUUUAUAUAUAUAUUUCUCUUCAUGUACUGAUAGAGAUGAGACUUAUGGUUAGUAUUUAUUUUAGUGUGUCCUAAAGUUCUUUUUUUUUUUUUUUUCGUUUCGUGUUGCAGUAUCCUGUAUGUGCUGGUUAAAGAUUGCAUUUUGGCCUUGAAUCCGAUGCUCAGGUUACUUAAAAAGAUUUUUUAAUGAUAAUUGUAAUGCCAGUGAUGUUCAAAGUCUACUUGGUAUGGACUUGAAUAGCAGAAGGAGAAAUUGAGUGAUUUUUAAAAAUCUAUUUAAUAAAUUAUUUGGGUUGUAAUAGUAACUAAUAAAGCCUAUUUUCACAUUUCCAUUCUCCGAGAAAUGAAGUAUGUAAUUCCGAUCGGUUUGUCACGCAGGAGAAAACUUCAACAGGGUACUGCAUGCGGUUUUAUAUAAAUGUGUAUAAAAUGUGUUUUCUUGUUUCUUUUACUAGAUUAAGAGAUUGACAGUAUUCCCCCCCUAACAUUCCAGUGUAUGGAGCUAUCUCUUGUAUAAUCAUAUUUACUGUAAAAACCCACAGAAAACGUUUCGAAACUUUUUUUUUUUUCUUCAGCGAACCCUUACUGACAAUGCAGUUUAUGUCAUCGCCCUAUCACUGUAUUGUACUUCUCCCCCUUAUCAUAAUGUGAACUGCAUUCAUGUUAACCUACAUUUUCUAAUAAAGAAAGUUCUAAAAGUAAAAAAAAAAA